ACCAUAAACCACCUCUCUCUCUGUGUAAAACCCUGAUCUUUGCGCGCCUAUUGUGGUUGGUUUGGCGAAGAUGUUGCGAAGAAACAUACGGUUGAGGAGAGAGUAUUUGUACAGGAAGAGCUUGGAAGGCAAAGAACGCGUGCUCUAUGAGAAAAAGCGAAAGAUCAAAGAAGCUCUACAAGAGGGAAAGCCAAUUCCCACGGAGCUACGGAACGAGGAGGCGGAGCUUCGGCACCAAAUCGAGCUUGAGGACGAAAACACAGCUGUCCCGAAGACGCACAUUGAUGAUGAAUACGCAAAUGCAUCAGAAAGAGAUCCUAAAAUUUUGAUAACUACGUCUCGUAAUCCAAGUGGUCCACUUACACAGUUUGUAAAGGAAUUGAAGGUUGUCUUUCCUAAUGCACAGCGAAUGAAUCGUGGUGGCCAGGUUAUUAAAGAGAUUAUUGAAACUUGCCGUGCAAAUGAUUUUACAGAUGUCAUCUUAGUUCAUGAACAUCGUGGUGUGCCAGAUGGUAUGACUAUAAGCCAUCUACCUUUUGGUCCAACUGCAUAUUUUGGAUUACUCAAUGUGGUUACCAGACACGACCUUAAAGACAGGAAAGGCAUUGGAAAAAUGUCUGAGGCUUGCCCACACUUGAUACUUAACAAGUUUUCAACAAAGCUGGGGGAGAGGACAGCAAACAUUUUGCAGCAUCUUUUUCCUGUGCCAAAGCCAGAUACUAAACGCAUUAUAACUUUUGCCAAUGAGUCUGACUAUAUUUCAUUCAGGCAUCAUGUGUAUGAGAAGCCUGGAGGUCCUAAAUCAAUUGAGCUUAAAGAAGUUGGUCCUCGCUUUGAAAUGCGACCUUAUCAGAUAAAAUUAGGAACAUUGGAUCAGGAUGAAGCUCAGACUGAAUGGAUCAUCAGACCAUUCAUGAACACUGCCAAGAAAAGGAAGUUUCUUGGAGAUUGAUGGCACCUCAAAGACAAUUUUGGCCUUUACUUGUUUAGUAAAGCUGGAGCUUUUUUGGUUUUAACUUUUCGUCUUCGAGGAAGAAAUUGAUAUAUAUAUAUAUAUAUAUCACAGGUCUAGAUAAUCAGUCCUGUGAUGCAAAGAUGAAAGAGCCAAUCACUGUAGCUCUAACCCAGAGAAUUAUGUUCAUCACUUUCUGCCAACUUAAGAUUUUAGGAUCUACUUAAAAAAAAAAAAAAAAAAAGAA